UCUGACCAAACCAAGCCUAGCGCAUGGCUGGCCAUGGCCGACAGCUUCAGCGGGGCUGUGAGGUGGGCGGGCGAUCCAUCCAAAUGCCUGGACGUGCAAGGCGGGCAGCCGCGGGUGGGCACGCAGCUGGGGCUCUGGGCCUGCCGGGCGGAUCAUCCAAAUCAGCAGUUCUCUUGGAGUGCAACGGAUGGCAGGAUUCGCUGGUUGACCUACCCCUCAUUUUGCCUUCACGGGACAAAGCUAGGUCAGCCCGUGUCUUUGGCCCGUUGCGAUGAGCUGCCCCCGAGGGUGAGCGCCAGACCUCGAGGUGUGCAGGCCCUGUGCUUGGGCCACUGGCUUUGUCUCAAGGUCGAGGCGCCUGACAACUUCGCCCUGGACGGCACUCCUGUCCAGCUUGCAAAGAUGCCGUUGGCCGAGAGAUCUGCCUCGACAUACCCUUGGUUGUUCGAGGUGGGCCUGCCUUGCACUGGGGAGUCCUACUGCGCUCCGUUGGCGGAUUGCUACGAGGCCUGUCGCCUGUCCGGCGACUUUGACGAGGCCUGUUGGCAGUCUUCCUGCUGCCCCAGUGCAACGAUGCGGGAGUUCAACAAUUCAGAGCUGAACUACUAUGUUUGCACCUUCACGCACAACUCUUGCCUCAGCAGGUGCAACACGCACUUCAAGUCGCGGCGCUGCGGCAAAGAUGGCAAGACCUACUGCCCUGCUUUGGCUGACUGCUACGAGGCUUGCCGCCUCGAUGGCCGGACGGGCAGCUGCCAGGACUUCCCCUGCUGUCCAGCGAAGGUAGAUGGCUUCAACGAGUCCACCGAGAAGUUUUUCCUUUGCGAGCAUGUUGGCAACACGUGUUUGACCAGCUGUAACGAGGAGCACGGGCCUUACCGCUAUUGCGACGGCCGCAGCCACUGCAAGCAGCUGGCGGGCUGCUAUGAGGAGUGCGCCAACUUCGGCCUUGCGCCGGAGCUUUGCUCUUCAGAGACCAGCUGCUGCCCGGUGUUUGGUGAUGCAGAUGGCACGGACGGCUACCUCGACCCGGAUUUGGGCUACUUCACCUGCGACGAUGGGAACCCAUGCUUGGAGCGCUGCAACGGCCGCUUCGCGGCCGAGGAGAUGGGCACGCUGCAAAGCCGUCACAUUCCACGACCCGACGUUCUGAACAUCAUGGCGCAGCUGCGGCAUCAAGAUGAUGAUCCUGUGCCGGGCUCGCCGCUGACGACCGCCAUCCUUGUGCUUUCCUUCCUGCUGAUCCUCUUGGCCUUUGGCUUGGCCAUGCUGCAGCGGAGGAAGCAGCUGCCUCCUUGGACCGGAAGUUUCGGGAGGUAUUUGCAGAGGCAGCGCCUGGACUUUGUGGAGCCUGCGGAGGAGCAGGCUGUCUUUGAGCGCCUGGAGGCUGAGGAGAGGGAGCCCUUAGACCGGGAACCUGAGGAGAGGGAGCCCUUAGACAGGGAGGAGAGGACUCAAGAUGCUGCCAGCCCUCAGGGAGGUGCUGACACAGGCCCUGAGGGAGGCCCUGAAAAAGGCUUUGAGGGCGCCGAGGGAGGCACGGCGGUUGGAAUUCAGCGCCUGGCCGAAUGAAGUCACC